AUGCCCUCUAGUGAAGAAAUUAAGAAAAUUGUUUUUGAUAUGAAGCCUUGGACCACUCCAGGUCUUGAUGGAUUUCCGCCUGGUUUCUAUCAGUUAAUGUGGGAGACAGUUGGACCUGAAGUUGUUAAAAUGACUGCUUUCAUAUCUGGUAGGCUAAUACAUGAUAAUAUAGUUAUUUCCCAUGAAUUGAUUCAUUCUAUGAAGAAAACUAAGGCUAAAGAUGGUUGUGUAGCUAUCAAACAUGAUAUGUCAAAGGCAUUUGACAUAAUUGAGUGGUCCUUUCUCCUUGAUAGCGUCAAAAAGCUAGGUUUCUCUUCAGAUUGGUGCAGUAUGAUCAACCAGUACAUUUCAACUGUCUCCACCUCCAUCCUGCUCAAUGGUGCUCCAGCUUUGUCUAGAAGUUUAAUUCAUGCUGAGCAUGAUAAGCUCAUCCAUGGGUUUAAGGCCAAUAAACAUUGCCCUUCAAUCUCUCAUUUGUUCUUUGCUGAUGAUUGCCUUAUUUUCAUAAAGGCAAGAACUAGAGAUGCUAGAAACUUAGCUAGUAUCAUUGAACAAUUUAACAAAUUUUCUGGGCAAGCUGUUAACUUUGAGAAAUCAGCUCUAGAUUUUAGCAAAAAAGUUCCUAAUAAUGUCAAGAAUGAGAUAGCCAAUAUUCUUAGAAUUAAGAGAAUGUCUUUAAAUGAAAAAUAUCUAGGUGUUCCUAUUCUUUUACAAAAAAUAAAAUUUGAUUCUUUCAAGCAUUUGAUUGACAAUUAUAAGGGUAGACUUGCUCACUGGAAACCAACCUAUCUAGCUCCACCAGGAAGAACUGGUAAAAAAGAUGGUGAGAAGGGUUGUUUUCCUAAGGGAUGGACUGACAUAGAUCUUCCAAAAGAGCUAGGAGGUCUGAAUAUCAGGCAAACUGAUAUUUUAAAUCUUGCUCUUCUAGCUAAAUUAGCUUGGAGGAUGGUGGAGAAUCCAUAUGAUAAAUGGGCUUGUAUUCUUAGGGGUAAAUACUUUAUGAAUGCUAAUCCUUUGUGUGAUAGUGUGUCUAAACAGGGCUCUUGGAUUUGGAAGGGGAUCUGCACAGGCCUGGACAUAGUCAAAAAAAUUUAUGUUUGGGAAAUUGGUAAUGGUAAGUCUGUACAUAUUUGGAAAGACAAUUGGAUUCCAAAUAUGCACAUAUCCCCUUCAACUCAAUUUUACUCCUCUAAUAUGGUGCAUGUAAGUCAGUUAAUUGAUCAUGAUAUGAAGUGCUGGAAGUUGGAAACCGUUAAUGCUUUAUUUGAUAGGAAUAUUGUGUUUGAAAUUCUAAAGAUCAGAAUUCCUUUCAAUGGAGAAGAUAAGCUUAGAUAG